AUGAAACCGAUCUUCUUAGCACCAAAACCAAAUUUUCCAGAUCAUAAUUCGUCAAAUAUUAAUGAAACACAUUUAGAAAUAAACUCGAAAAAGCCAAAAUUUGAAAUUUAUAAAAUGGAAACGGAUGCAAAUUUAUCUGAACAUAAUACGACAAACGUUGAUGACCAAAUAUUUUGGAAUAUGAUAAACGAAACGAACGCGAGCCUUGACAUUUAUUUAGCACGUAACGGAUCUUUGCUGGAAGUAACAAGUUCUUACGAUGGUAAGCGCUAUGUUUCGGACAAGCCACAAACACAAACUCAGAACAAUUUUAUCACCCCGAAGGAUCCAGUUAUUAAAAAUUAUUCUAAAAGAAUUAAGCCUGAAAGCGGUUUUCAAAACUUAACUGAGAUUGAACACACUUCAUCCAACCCGAGAACGUCAGUUUGGAUGAUCACUACCAAGGCUCCGGGUAAUAAAAACAGUCUGGAUAAUAAGAUCACCACUAAAAAUCAGAAAAAUUUAAUUACUACUAAAGCUUCAUCUAGUGAAAAGACCUCUGAAAAAAGAAAACAGGUUUCUGAUUUUGCUACGAAAUCAAGUAAUGGAAUAUUUACUACAAAGCCGUCCGAUAGCGAACACAAAAAAAUUUCAACUGCACCAAUCAGUGAUAAAAAUCCGAAAAAUAUGAUCACUACAAAACCACCCGUGACAAAAAACAUUUCUAAAAAACCAAAACUGGAGCAGACAUCUAAACCGGAUCCAAACACCGGCACCUUUUCGUCACACACUGGGUCAGGUUCAUUCAACAACUACCAGCAGCAGACCCAUUGGAUUACUACAAAGGCACCAGUUAAAAGCGAAAAUUCGAAAGAAAGAAAAUCAGAACAUGAAUGGCAAACAACGGCAAGUAAAGGUAAUCAUUUGCAAACCAGUAGACCUCCUCUGUUGAAAUCUAUCAACAGCGAACGUCAUGAAAUCUCAACAGAAUCCUAUAUAGCAAAGGAAAAUCUUGGAAAUUACGAAAACGUUUCUGCAGAAUUUAACACAAGCGAUGAUAGCCCUGAAAAAAAUUUUAUAAAUUUUUUAUACGAAAAUUACACCUCACCUGAGCCGAGCUUGAAGUUGAAAGACAUCACAAACGAACCGAUACAAACAAACACGGAACUCACUCAACAAAACACACAUAUGCCUCCAAUGGAUGCAACCAGUUCAAAUGAAAAACAUCCAAAAAGAUCACCUCUGUUAAUGAUCACCGAAGCUUCAAUUUUGACUGAAAAGAAUGGAGAGAACAAUCUUCAAAUGAAGAUUGGUGCCGGUACAACUCUGCCGGAAACUUCGAAAUGA